AUGGUCGCCAACAUAUCUACUCGUGGAAGUGCCGAGUCCGUGUUGGGCGCCAUGGUUAUAAUCACCCAUUCUCUCAUACUUUCCGACCGCCUUGAUUUGGCUGCCUUGAUGUUUGGAUUAUCCGUUCACUUCAAAAUAUACCCCAUAAUCUACGGUGCUAGUGUUCUAGCAUGGCUAGACAAGCAGGAGCCGCUUCAGUUUUCUUGGAAAUCAUUAACUCGGAAAAGACUCAGAUUUACCUUUAUUUCGGCCCUAUCAUUUUUGGGUUUGGGAGGUUUGAUGUUCGCAAUAUGGGGUCGCCCGUUCCUUGAACACACCUAUCUUUAUCAUCUAACACGACGAGAUCACCGUCACAAUUUCUCGCCGUAUUUCUACCCUAUCUACCUCAAUUACGACCUGGGCUACUCGUCAGACUCUUUGCCAAGCCGAAUUCUACGAAAUCCGCUCUUUAGCUUUGUACCGCAGAUGGGGCUUUGUGCAAUGUCAGGUUUACUGCUAGGGAGGCGGGAUCUAUCGUUUGCAUGGUUUAUCCAAACCAUGACAUUUGUGACGUUUAAUAAAGUCUGUACAUCUCAGUAUUUCAUGUGGUACCUGUGGUUCCUGCCCUUGGUACUCCCGAGUAUCCGAAUGUCACCGAAAAGAGGAGGGUUUGUGCUGUUUAUUUGGAUUAUUUCACAGGCAAUCUGGUUGGGCAUUGCUUAUAGACUGGAGCUCUUGGGCCAGAGCGUUUAUCUUUGGGUUUGGGCCGCAAGUAUUGUAUUCCUUGUAUCGAACGCAUUUGUUCUAGGAGAGUUGAUCGCUGCCUAUGAUUACCAGUCUACACGUACAUAA